GGCUCCGGCUGGCGCCGGCCCCGCCGCGGCUGCUGCAGCAUGGGCUGCCUCGCUGGGAUUGCCUUGCUUUCCUUGGGAGUAUUCCUAGCAGGACGAGUCAACUGCCAGCAUGGGAAGAAUAACGUGCCAAGGCUCAAAUUAUCCUAUAAAGAAAUGUUGGAAUCCAACAAUAUAAUCAAUUUCAAUGGGCUAGUUAAUAGCUCCAGUUACCACACUUUCCUCUUGGAUGAAGAGCGGAGUCGACUGUACGUUGGAGCAAAGGAUCACAUAUUUUCUUUCAACCUGGUUAACAUCAAAGAAUAUCAAAAGAUUGUUUGGCCUGUAUCUCAUUCCCGAAGGGAUGAGUGUAAGUGGGCUGGAAAAGAUAUUCUGAGAGAAUGUGCUAAUUUCAUCAAGGUGCUUAAGGCUUAUAAUCAAACACACUUGUAUGCCUGCGGAACGGGGGCUUUUCAUCCCGUGUGCGCCUACAUUGAAGUUGGAAGCCAUCCUGAGGACAACAUUUUUAAAAUGGAAGAUGCACAUUUUGAAAAUGGCCGAGGGAAAAGCCCUUAUGAUCCUAAAUUGCUGACAGCUUCUCUUUUAGUAGAUGGUGAACUGUACUCUGGGACAGCAGCAGACUUCAUGGGCAGAGACUUUGCCAUUUUCCGAACUUUGGGGCAUCACCAUCCAAUCAGAACAGAGCAGCAUGACUCCCGGUGGCUAAAUGAUCCUAGAUUUGUUAGUGCUCACCUGAUACCAGAGAGUGACAACCCAGAAGAUGACAAAAUCUAUUUCUUCUUCCGUGAAAAUGCAAUUGAUGGAGAGCACACUGGAAAAGCCACUCAUGCCAGAAUAGGGCAGAUCUGUAAGAAUGACUUCGGUGGACACAGGAGCCUUGUUAACAAAUGGACAACUUUCCUGAAAGCACGGCUGAUUUGUUCUGUGCCGGGACCCAAUGGCAUCGACACACACUUUGAUGAGCUACAGGAUGUGUUUCUAAUGAACUCAAAAGACCCUAAAAAUCCAAUCGUCUAUGGAGUGUUUACAACUUCCAGUAAUAUCUUCAAGGGGUCGGCGGUGUGUACGUACAGCAUGACGGACGUGAGGAGGGUGUUCCUUGGUCCCUACGCUCACAGAGACGGCCCCAACUACCAGUGGGUCCCUUACCAAGGGCGAGUGCCAUAUCCACGGCCAGGAACUUGUCCCAGUAAAACCUUUGGAGGCUUUGAUUCUACUAAGGACCUUCCUGAUGAAGUUAUAACAUUUGCAAGAAGUCAUCCAGCCAUGUACAACCCAGUGUUCCCUAUCAACAACCGUCCAAUCAUGAUCAAAACAGAUGUGGAUUACCAGUUCACACAGAUAGUCGUAGAUCGAGUUGAUGCAGAAGAUGGCCAAUAUGAUGUGAUGUUUAUUGGCACAGAUAUUGGAACAGUUCUUAAAGUGGUUUCGAUUCCUAAGGAGACUUGGCAUGAAUUAGAGGAAGUCUUGCUGGAAGAAAUGACAGUCUUUCGGGAACCCACUGUUAUUUCAGCAAUGAAGAUUUCCACAAAACAGCAACAGCUCUACAUUGGCUCAGUCACUGGAGUUUCACAGCUUCCUUUACACCGCUGUGAUGUGUAUGGAAAAGCAUGUGCUGAGUGUUGCCUUGCUAGAGACCCUUACUGUGCCUGGGAUGGUUCAUCUUGCUCACGUUACUUCCCCACUGCUAAGAGACGUACAAGACGACAAGACAUCCGAAAUGGAGACCCUCUUACUCACUGUUCAGACCUGCAACAUCAUGAUAACCCAAGUGGCCAGAACCUGGAGGAAAAGAUUAUCUAUGGAGUAGAGAAUAGCAGCACUUUUCUGGAGUGCAGUCCCAAAUCUCAGCGUGCUGUAGUCUAUUGGCAAUUCCAGAAACAAAGUGAUGACCGCAAAGAAGAGAUAAAAGUGGAUGAUCGCAUGAUACGGACAGAACAGGGCUUAUUGCUACGAAGUCUUCAGCGGAGAGACUCUGGUAUUUACUUUUGUUAUGCUGUGGAACACGGCUUCAUGCAAACUCUGCUCAAAGUGACCCUGGAAGUAAUUGAUACUGAUCACCUGGAAGAGCUGCUCCAUAAAGAAGAAGAUGGUGAUGCCUCCAAGACAAAGGAUGCCACCAAUAGCAUGACCCCCAGUCAAAAAAUCUGGUAUAGAGACUUCAUGCAGUUAAUCAAUCACCCCAACCUCAACACAAUGGAUGAGUUCUGUGAGCAGGUUUGGAAAAGAGACCGCAAACAACGUCGGCAAAGGCCUGCCAAUGCGCAGGUGAAUACGAACAAGUGGAAGCACCUACAAGAGAAUAAAAAAGGUAGGAAUAGGAGGACCCAUGAAUUUGAGAGGGCACCACGGAGUGUCUGAGCUACAUUACCUCUAGGAACUUCAUCCAAGUAGAAACUUGUAUAGACAGAUAACUGGAAAAAAAAAUGCAAUAUACAUGAACUUUUUCAUGGCAUUAUGUGGAUGUUUACACGUGUGGAAAGCUCAAACAAUUUCCACCAGGUUUAAAAGAAAAUCCAUUUCUAACUUUCCUAGUAAAUUUUUCCUCUCUGCACCGAUUCUAAGACCAGAAAGACCAGAGUUUCAAGGAUGAUAACUCACCUGGACCUAGCUUAUUGCUCAGCCACACCCUUUCUUAAAGCAGAAAAUGGAAUAUUAGUCAAGGUAAGAUCAAUAUAAACAAAAUGCUGUAUUUCAUGCUAUCAUCUUAAAGGAAAGAAAAACAAAGCCCACCUUUCAUCAUCAGCACUACCAUUCCUAGACUUAUGUAUAAAACUGCAUGAACUCAUUAAGCUGAUGAACAUCUAAACAUAUGAUUGGACACAAGGAUUUUGUUCUUGUUUUGUCUACCAGUUCUCCUGUUUAUAUUUACUAAAAGAGGAAAACAAUACCGAAUGAGAUUGUUUGUGGAAAUCGGGAACAACGUAAGCCAUCCAUCAUCCAGAAGAACAAAAAAUGUGCAGUACACUGGCCUACUACUGAUGACUUCUUUCAGCUUUGAUCUAAAGAUGUAUUUUAUUAAAACUAUAAUUUAAAUGUACCAUGACAAAUAUGCAGCAAACAUUAGCUCUUUUCUAAAAUAGAUUAGACUUUUUGUCUUAGAAUUAUUGUACUUUCUAAUUACUGGUUUAGAGGAAAAAAGACAACUUCCAUUUAUGAGCUGCUUUACUCUUUUGUUUGGCAACUCUUUCAGGGGAGCUAGUCGCACUGCAGUUAACCGCCUCCCCUCUAUCCCAAUAGUCUAUAUGACAUGUAACUUCAAAGCAAUUUUAAAACCAAGCUAUUUUAACAUGAAAGUCUCUGUAUAGCAUGGAAGUCUUCUGCAUUCUUUUUUUCUAAGUAUGGUAUUUGGAAUGAUUCAACUUGUAUAAUAUCUUGCUAUAGUUUGAAUCAAUGAAGAGGAGAACAUUUGAUUUCAGUUGUAUAUUUUUUGUUAUUAAAAAAAAGUAAAUAGCAUUAAAAUACCCUCUACUAACUACACUCCUGCUUUCUUGGUUCGUAAAUAUUUGUGAAUGCUAAUAUUUAAAUACUGUAGCUCAUAGAUUGUCAUAUAUCCAUGAGCAAAGCUCACAUUCAGUUUAAGGCGUUCUGUUCCCAACUCAGUGGUAGAAAUAUGUCCACACUACUGAUUCGCAGCACUCCGUUCUUUCUUUGGGCCAGAUCACCCAAAUGCAAAGAAUCAACACAAGGCCACAUAAACAGUAACCUCAUAGCCAGCUCUCUGUUAUAAGAUCUAAGCAACUGUUCUAUCUGUGGGUGAAGGCUGCUGCGGUAGUAACCGGGUGAAGUUCAGCUUAAGACUUUUAUUACUUUAUGCCAACAGAUAAUUUGGUCCUGUACUUCUACCUUAUAUUUAAUUCUAUAUACAGGAGAGCAACAGGGUAAAACAGACACAAUGCACUUGCACCGUAAUUGUCGGUUUAGGGAUGUAAGUAGUGGAUUUGAUUCACCUCAGCACAGAUGUGCCUUUGGUCCCCAGUUCUAUGGCGUCCAGUUCUUUUGAGGUCAUCUUUAUCCAUUGUCCCAUAUUUUAUCUUGAUAGAAUCAGUAAAUGACAUAAUUUCAAGUAAUGUUAUUGUGGGAAAAAUUACUAGAACAAAGGCCUUAGUUUGCUAAAGGAGUUUUUAUAUAAAAGUGUGUCUGUAUUGAUGACUGAUCUGUUUUGUUGUUAUUCACUCUAGAUUAUUUAAUUUAUGAAUUACAACACUGUCAGCCUUAUCAGAUACAAUAUAACACAACUGCUGUGACAGCAUCUCUCACAGUAUGUCCCAGUCUCCUUGCCACUCAGUAAUUAAAGUAUCCUUCUGAUUAGUGAAGCCUUGGCUUCUUUCCUCCAUCGCAACUGGCUUUUCACUAAAGGCUCAAUCAUUUUAGUCCCCUUUGAAUAUUUUGCAGGGAAUGAACUUGCAAUAUUUUUGCCAUUUAAUUCUAUAGCAAAAAUUAAUUGACGAGAGCAUGACAAGACUGUAUGGCUGGGGUUCAGGAGAGCACUUGGGCAUUUAAUUUUAGAGCAGCCUCAAGUCUCUCUUCUGCUUAACUUGACUCCUGUGAAGCUUUAAUAUGCAGUUAAAUUCCCAUGCUUUCAUGAUGUGCUGAAUAGGGAUGAAUUAAAACAGAGAUUCAACUAUGGGCUUUCCUGUACAGAAGUAUUAAUUUUUCGGCUCGGCCUAUGAUUAAUUUGUGAACAUUGUUGUCAGCUGAAGUAUUUAAUUGUAAUCACAGAACACUCUUUAGCCUUUUGUGUAGGGCUAUGGUGUACCAUCGAGUCAUUAGAAUCCUCUUUGUUACAAAAGAAAACAGUUUUAAAAUGAAGCUCAGAGAAUUCACUGGGAAAAAUGCAGAUUGAUUUCAACAAACUCUGAAUCACUUAGUUUCCUUUCUCACAUAUUAAUGGUAUUGCUGUCUACCUUUUUUUCCCUACUAUGCUCAUUUCUAUAGCAACUUGCUAGAAAAAAAAUCAAAACCAAACCAACCUCUUUCCCCUACUCCUUAAGAAAAAAAAGAUUAAAUGAAUUCUGGAUGCUGUAUGUUCUUCUAUGCGGAAAAAGGUAAUCAGCAGCAACAAAAUUGCAGAAGUUUCAGGGUUUUUACCAUAUCCUAACAGUCUAAUUGGUCAAUUGAAGUGAUCAGAUUUUAUCUGCUUCAAACUGUAUCAUCAGUCCUCACUAAAAGAGUAGUCUCGUUUAUGUCUCUGUAUCUGCUCAGUAAGAGGGCAGAGGAUAAGGCCAACAGCUGAAAUUGUUGAUUUUCAGGUUCAUAUUACGGUCAAGUUAAAACGGCAUUUAAUACUGAUUUAAAAUGAACUUUUUUUCAAAGAACAUAGGCUUUAAUGAAUUCAUGUGUAGAAGGAUGCCCUGCAGCUUCAGUAAAACUCCCAUUGUAUCAUUAUUUUUUAACACAGCAUAAGAAUUAAAAAUAAAGGUAACAACAGUAUUUCUGCAAAUCAUCAAUAAAACCCUCUAAACCUCUAGUUACAGACUUUAGAUAAAGUAAGUAGAAAGUUGUGUUUCAGCUGGAGAGAAAUAAAGGAUUUCAUUUAUAACUAGAAAGUUCUGUUUCUUUUGUUUUAAGAUAUCUGUUUGUGAGGAGAAAGAAAUCAUAAUCAUUGACUCUUAUUCUUACUAGUCUAUGCUUUGCACUUGCAUGGAUCACUGAAGAUGGGAAUUUGUUCAAUGGCUCCUAAAAAAUGUAUGGUUAUGUUAAACUCUAACAUCAGACUAUGAAAAUGUGCAUCUUUGCAGAACAGCGUUAAAUCUUCCUGACCCAGUAAAGUCACUAUGUAAAAAAAAUAAAAUUAAAUUAAAUGCAUGUGAAUGCGCAUUUACUGAUCCUUUUUAUGUAUUAUUUAGUGAAUAUCAAUGGUAUGUGUUUAAUAGUUCAGUUUUUGCUACCUACACAUUAGCCAAAAGAGAUGUAAAUAUUUUUGACUAGAUAAGGAGGUACAGUGUAAAGUACUGUUAUCUAGAGGUACUCCAUUUCAGUGUGUUCAGCAUAAUACUAAAAUGCAAGAUUUUGCCACACAGGUGAUAGGGUGGUUUAUUUGCUACAUCAGCGCCAAAGUUAUGUGCUUAUUCUAUAAGCAUAUUCCGCACUGGGUAGUAAAUAAUUCUGCUUCUGUAUUUAUCACUUCAAUUCAGAUGGGAACUAGAAAACUGGAGAGAAAAAAUGUAAUGAAACUGCUG